AUGGCAGGACCAAAGGCCUGGUUAUCUUCCAGACCUUUAUGGGCGUUUAUUACCUUUAUCCUCGCUUUAAUCUGUCUGCUAUUCGUCGUGAAGGGCAUCAGCACCGACGAGCAAACGAAAGACACUCGGUAUGACCUCUACCGAUGGAAAUCGAGACCAACGAUCAAACAUGACAUUUUCGAUCCUGCAAUCUCACCGACCGUGGAACCCAACGAAUCUUCCCACCUCGCACGCCGGGACAGCAAAAUCUCAGUGGGUAUUCCCAGCAGUCCUGCCGAAGACAAGCCCGUGCAAGCAGAUAGCCAGACGCUGGAAGGUCAUCACGAUGCAAAAGAGAACCAGAAGGACACACCUAGCGGACAAGUUCCAGACAACGACGAAGCUGCGAUUGCCCAGAACAUACCCGAAAGCGAAAGCAAGAGUCUGAGCGAAACAUCUCCCUUCCCACACAAAGCUGCUUAG